GCGGAAUGCUCUUUGUGAACACUCCACUGAUCUAAAUAAAUUAUGGAUUGAACCUUAAAAAGUUUUAUUAUUAUAUUAACUGUUCAUUUUUUUACAGACAUGGGGAGUAAAUUUUUCCUGCUAUAUGUUGGCCUUCUAAAUGCAGCUGCAGUCAUUGGUUGCCCAAUAGGCCAGGAGUUCAUCACUGCCUUCAUGCCUAAUUAUAUAGCUAAUGAUGGCAACGCCAAACCCACACUCUCCAUUACAGCCCAGACAACCUUAGCGACUGUUACAGUGGAAAUGAAGGGGCUCAACUAUAAACAAACAUUAACUAUAGAAAAAGGCUCUACCAAAUAUGUCACCCUUCAAAGCAGUGCAGAGAUUUAUGAAGAUGGAGUCUCAGCCAAAGCAGUGCUGAUUACCUCAAAUACAGACAUCUCAGUGGUGUCCUCUCACAUCAAACCAUUUACCGGAGACAGCAGCGUGAUUUUCCCCAAUCAUCAACUUGGCAAGAGCCAUGUAGCCUUUACUCCAGAAGGAGGAUCCUUAAACAAGGUUAUGGCUAUUGUCAAUGGCAAGGAAGAUAACACAAUUAUUAUUCAACCAUAUUCAGACCUCCAGCUAAAAAACAAAAUAAACCUGCAGCGUGGAAUAAAGAUGACUAUUAGAUUAUCUCCUUAUCAAGUCUAUCUGCUUCGGAGUGAGAAAACAUUAACAGGAACCAGGAUUGAGUCUCAGCUCCCCGUAGCCGUACUGGCAGGACAUGAGUGCCUCAGCCUUGUCGAAACCUGUGAGCAUGUCUAUGAACAGCUGGUGCCAAUCGAGUCACUCUCUGAUGAGUACCUAGUUCCUGCAAUGCACCCCAUGCUUAUUAACCAGGACACAGCCCAUAUUGUUGCAACUGAGGAUAACACUGACAUAAAUAUUUAUCAUGGUUUAGUACUCCAGCAAAAGUCACUUCGUUCUGGAGAGCUUCUCAAUGUUUUCAUUAAUUUGCCAACAGUAAUCCGAAGCAAUAAAAAGAUCAUGGUUAUGUAUUCCAGCAGCAACAUUCCCUUUGAUGAGUUCUUAACAAACAUAAUUCCUGUAUCACAGAUGUCCAAAUCAUGGACUGUUUACUCACAAGAUAAUUACCAGAAUGUUGCUGUUGUUGUCUCAGAGGUGGAGGAUACUGACUUUCUUUUUGGUCUCCUAAAAUGGAAUGUUUUUCCUGCAAACAAGAAGUAUGCGUGGACCAUUAAAUUACUUGGUGAUAAAAAAGGUCCUAUUACGAUAUCCAAAGACUUACCACAGGCUGUAUAUGUUUAUGGUGGGAAUGUAAGAGUUGGCUAUUCCACAACAGGCGUGUGCAAUGCUCCUUCACCACCACCACCUCCAAAAGAUCCCUGUGAAUCUGUUAAAUGCCGUUGGAGGGAGGUGUGCAAGAAGGGUGUGUGUGUCCUGGCUGAAACAGCAACAUGUUGGGCUGUCGGGGACCCUCACUACAAAUCAUUUGAUGGAAUGAGAUAUGAUUUCCAGGGCACCUGCACCUACACCCUGGCCACUACUGUAAAAACUGAGAAUGGCCUUGUACCCUUCACGAUUUUGGCAAAGAACAAUAACAGAGGGAGUAAUCUGGUGGCCUAUGUGAGGACAGUAUCAGUCAAUGUGUACAAUUAUACAAUAGUUGCCAGCAAGCAAGUGGGUGUAGUGGAGGUUAAUGGUGAAAUCACUCACUUGCCUGUACGUCUUGCUGAAGGAAAGAUAGAAGUAGUGCAAAGUGGUUGGAAUGCACUGAUAACAACAGAUUUUGGCUUAGAGGUGAAAUAUGACUGGAACAUGAUGCUUUACAUAACUGUGCCCAGCACCUACUCUGGGUCACUUGGAGGACUUUGUGGGAACUACAAUGGAGACCGGACAGAUGAGCAGUCAGACCGCAAGGGAACGAAACUCUCCACUGUCCUAGAGUUUGCCAAAAGCUGGAAAGUUUCAGACAAUGACUCAUUCUGCCAUGAUGACUGUGCGGGCAAGUGCCUCCUCUGCCCACCUGAGCUUAAAGACAAAUAUAAUGAUGACAGUUACUGUGGUCUUAUAACUAAAACAAAUGGACCAUUUGCCACCUGCCACAAGACCAUCGACCCAAGUGCAUACCUAGAUAAUUGUGCAUAUGAUGUGUGCAUCAAUAAAGGCAUCAGAAGUUUCCUCUGUGAUAACAUGAGGACCUAUGCUGAGGGUUGCAUGGAGGCGGGAGUGAAAAUUGACCCCAACUGGAGGAUGCUGUCGCAGUGCCCACUACAAUGCCCAGAAAACAGUCACUAUGAGUCUUGUGGAACUGCAUGUGCUGCCUCCUGUGCAGCUCGAGAUGCCGCAAGCAAAUGUGAAAAGCCUUGUGUGGAGGGUUGCCAGUGCAAUAACGGUUUUGUCCUCAGUGGAGACAAAUGUGUGCCACUAGCACAGUGUGGCUGUACAUAUGAAAACCGUUAUUACCCUCCUGCUGACGCCUUUUGGGGUGACCAGACAUGCACAAAGAAAUGCUCCUGCAAAUCAGGACAGGUCACUUGUACUCCCACAAAGUGCAAGGCAUCCGAAGUGUGUCAAAUCCAGAAUGGUGUGAGAGAUUGCUACCCAUUAUCCUACAACCGUUGUGUAGGCAGUGGAGAUCCUCACUAUUUAACCUUCGAUGGGAGGCGCUUUGAUUUCCAGGGAACUUGCACAUAUUACCUUUCUAAAGUGGUCGACACAUCUGACACUUCACUGGUGCCCUUUGAAGUUCUUGUCAAGAAUGAAAACAGAGGAUUGAAUAAGGUCGUUUCUUACACCAAGACUGUGGAGAUCAAGAUUUUUGGCUACACCAUUAUCUUGAGUAAAGACACUUAUGGUAAAGUGAUGGUCAACAACCUGUUGGUAAACCUGCCAUUUGAGAAAGAGGGCGGUCAGCUCUCCGUAUUCCGUAGUGGCUACUUUGGAGUAAUUAAAACAGACUUUGGUAUGAAUGUGAAAUUUAACUGGGAUAGCUACGUUGAAAUCACUCUUCCCAGCACAUACAGCAACAUGGUAGGAGGUCUCUGUGGGAACUCCAAUGGGAACUUAAAUGAUGACCUGAUGUUCCCAAAUAAAAGCAUUGCAAAAGACCCUAGUGCAUUUGGAAGCAGCUGGAAGGCCAGAAAUGACCCUGAUUGUUCAGCUGAAUGCAAAGGCGAGAAGUGUCCAAAAUGUGAAGCUGCUGACCGAAAUAAGGAUGUUUUCACAAAACCUUGUGGCCUGAUUACAGAUCCAAAUGGACCAUUUAAAGCAUGUCACAGCAAAAUCAAUCCCACCAAGUUCUAUGAAGAUUGUGUGUACGAUAUGUGCAUGUAUGGUGGUCAUUUUACAGCCCUCUGCAGCGUGCUUACAGCCUACACGGCUGCUUGUCAGACAGCUCAGAGCAUUGUGGAGAAAUGGAGAACCGAUAGCUUCUGUCCUGCAUCCUGCAAAGCUAACAGUCACUAUGAUGUGUGUGGUGCUGGAUGUCCCCAGACCUGCAAUGGCUUCACCGAGCCUACAGCUUGCCAGCGUGGACCCUGUAUUGAAGGCUGUGUCUGUGAUGUUGGAUUUGUUCUGAGUAACAGUGAGUGCGUUCCAAUGGAGAAAUGUGGCUGUGCAUAUCAAGACCAAUACUAUAAUCUGGGCCAAGUCUUUUACCCCAAAGACAAGUGCAGCCAGAAGUGUGUCUGUGAGGAGCAAGGAAAAGUCACAUGCAAGGACAGUUUCUCCUGUGGUCUUAAUGAGCAGUGUAUCAUCCGUGAUGGGGUUCAAGCCUGCUAUCCUGAUGGCAAAGGGUCAUGCUCCGUCUUAGGUUCUGGGACCUACUACUCAUAUGAUGGAAACCAAAUCAGUGUGCUGGGGGACUGUGUGUACAAACUGGUGGAAGCAGUUCAGAUUGCAAACCAGAAGAUGAUGCCUUUCAGUGUGACAGUGCAGCAAGUGUCUUCUGCUGUAGUGGUUACAAGAAGAAUCAACAUCGCCAUAGCCCAAUAUAAGAUUGCCAUGAUUCCUGGACUUGUGUGGGAAAUAAGGGUUGAUGAGGUUAAAGUUGUUCUCCCAGUAACGCUUGAACAAGGUCUGAUAAAGGUAUAUCAAAGUGGUGCCUUUAUUAUUUUGGAAACCUCUUUUGGACUGAAGGUAACUUAUGACACGGUGUCCAUGGCCACAGUCGAAAUCCCAUCCACUUACAAAAAAGCUGUCCAGGGUUUGUGUGGUAAUUAUAAUGAUAACAAAGCAGAUGACUUCCUAAUGCCAGAUGGUAAUCAGGCUUCCUCUGCUGAGAAAUUUAUGGAAGCUUGGAUGGUGAUUCAGGAAGGAACGACCUGUCAUACAGGGUGUCCACCAGGCUCCACAUGCUCACAGCCUCAACCAGGAGGUCAAACAGGCAAUUACUGCAAGAUCCUAACAUUGGAGAAAGGUCCAUUUGCUAAUUGUUAUACUAGAGUUCCACCUUUACCAUUCUAUGACACAUGUGUAAAGGAUGUUGCAUCACAACCGAAGGACAACACACUUGUUUGCCGCCACAUCCAAAACUAUGUGGGUUAUUGUCAGAAAGCUGGUAUCUCUGUGAGCAGUUGGAGGAAUGCAACCUUCUGUCCAAUGACCUGUCCUGUAAAGCAGCACUAUGAGCUAUGUGCAGACACUUGCACGUCAACUUGUGCCAGCCUUACCCUUGCACUUAGUUGUCCAGUGUGUCUUGAAGGCUGCCAGUGUGAUGAAGGUUUUGUCUUUGAUGGAGGCGAUUGUAAGUUGGUAAAUGAUUGCGGUUGUUUGGUGGAAGGAACAUAUUACAAGUCUGGAGAAUCAGUAAUCCGAGGAGAUUGUAUAGAAGCCUGCACUUGUGAAGCUGGACAGUUCUCAUGUCGCGCCAUGAACUGUGAAAAAGAUAAGAUCUGUAUAAAAAAGGACGGCAUUCCAACAUGCAUGCAUGUUCCUGUUUCACCACCACCACCUCCGAUAGAUCCCUGUGACUCUGUUAAAUGCCGUUGGAGAGAGGAGUGCAGGAAGGGUGUUUGUGUCCGUGUUGACACAGCAACAUGUUGGGCUCUUGGUGAUCCCCACUACUUAACUUUUGACGGAAUAAGAUAUGAUUUCCAGGGCACCUGCACCUACACCAUGACCACUACGAUAAAAACUGAGAAUGGCCGUGUCCCCUUCACAAUUUUGGCAAAGAACAAUAACAGAGGGAGUAAUCUGGUGGCCUAUGUGAGGACAGUAUCAGUCAAUGUGUACAAUCAUACAAUAGUUGCCAGCAAGCAAGUGGGUGUAGUGGAGGUUGAUGGUGAAAUCACUCACUUGCCUGUACGUCUUGCUGAAGGAAAGAUAGAAGUAGUGCAAAGUGGUUGGAAUGCACUGAUAACAACAGAUUUUGGCUUAGAGGUGAAAUAUGACUGGAACAUGAUGCUUUACAUAACUGUGCCCAGCACCUACUUUGGGUCACUUGGAGGACUUUGUGGGAACUACAAUGGAGACCGGACAGAUGAGCAGUCAGACCGCAAGGGAACGAAACUCUCCACUGUCCUAGAGUUUGCCAAAAGCUGGAAAGUUUCAGACAAUGACUCAUUCUGUCAUGAUGACUGUGCGGGCAAGUGCCUCCUCUGCCCACCUGAGCUUAAAGACAAAUAUAUUGAUGACAUUUACUGUGGUCUUAUAGCUAAAACAAAUGGACCAUUUGCCACCUGCCACAAGACCAUUGAUCCAAGUGUAUACCUAGACAAUUGUGCAUAUGAUGUGUGCAUCAAUAAAGGCAUCAGAAGUUUCCUCUGUGAUAACAUGAGGACCUAUGCUGAGGCUUGCAUGGCAGCCGGAGUGAAGAUUGAUACCAACUGGAGGAUGCUGUCGCAGUGCCCACUACAAUGCCCAGAAAACAGUCACUAUGAGUCUUGUGGAACUGCAUGUGCUGCCUCCUGUGCAGCUCGAGAUGCCGCAAGCAAAUGUGAAAAGCCUUGUGUGGAGGGUUGCCAGUGCAAUAACGGUUUUGUCCUCAGUGGAGACAAAUGUGUGCCACUAGCACAGUGUGGCUGUACAUAUGAAAACCGUUAUUACCCUCCUGCUGACGCCUUUUGGGGUGACCAGACAUGCACAAAGAAAUGCUCCUGCAAAUCAGGACAGGUCACUUGUACUCCCACAAAGUGCAAGGCAUCCGAAGUGUGUCAAAUCCAGAAUGGUGUGAGAGAUUGCUACCCAUUAUCCUACAACCGUUGUGUGGGCAGUGGAGAUCCUCACUAUUUAACCUUCGAUGGGAGGCGCUUUGAUUUCCAGGGAACUUGCACAUAUUACCUUUCUAAAGUGGUCGACACAUCUGACACUUCACUGGUGCCCUUUGAAGUUCUUGUCAAAAAUGAAAACAGAGGAUUGAAUAAGGUCGUUUCGUACACCAAGACUGUGGAGAUUAAAAUAUUUGGCUACACCAUUAUCUUGAGUAAAGACACUUAUGGUAAAGUGAUGGUCAACAACCUGUUGGUAAACCUGCCAUUUGAAAAAAACGGGGGACAGCUCUCUGUGUUCCGCAGCGGUUACUUUGGAGUGGUUAAAACAGACUUUGGUAUGAAUGUGAAAUUUAACUGGGAUAGCUACGUUGAAAUCACUCUUCCCAGCACAUACAGCAACAUGGUAGGAGGUCUCUGUGGGAACUCCAAUGGGAACUUAAAUGAUGACCUGAUGUUCCCAAAUAAAAGCAUUGCAAAAGACCCUAGUGCAUUUGGAAGCAGCUGGAAGGCCAGAAAUGACCCUGAUUGUUCAGCUGAAUGCAAAGGCGAGAAGUGUCCAAAAUGUGAAGCUGCUGACCGAAAUAAGGAUGUUUUCACAAAACCUUGUGGCCUGAUUACAGAUCCAAAUGGACCAUUUAAAGCAUGUCACAGCAAAAUCAAUCCCACCAAGUUCUAUGAAGAUUGUGUGUACGAUAUGUGCAUGUAUGGUGGUCAUUUUACAGCCCUCUGCAGCGUGCUAACAGCCUACACGGCUGCUUGUCAGACAGCUCAGAGCAUUGUGGAGAAAUGGAGAACCGAUAGCUUCUGUCCUGCAUCCUGCAAAGCUAACAGUCACUAUGAUGUGUGUGGUGCUGGAUGUCCCCAGACCUGCAAUGGCUUCACCGAGCCUACAGCUUGCCAGCGUGGACCCUGUAUUGAAGGCUGUGUCUGUGAUGUUGGAUUUGUUCUGAGUAACAGUGAGUGCGUUCCAAUGGAGAAAUGUGGCUGUGCAUAUCAAGACCAAUACUAUAAUCUGGGCCAAGUCUUUUACCCCAAAGACAAGUGCAGCCAGAAGUGUGUCUGUGAGGAGCAAGGAAAAGUCACAUGCAAGGACAGUUUCUCCUGUGGUCUUAAUGAGCAGUGUAUCAUCCGUGAUGGGGUUCAAGCCUGCUAUCCUGAUGGCAAAGGGUCAUGCUCCGUCUUAGGUUCUGGGACCUACCACUCAUAUGAUGGAAACCAAAUCAGUGUGCUGGGGGACUGUGUGUACAAACUGGUGGAAACAGUUGCAAAUGCAAACAAACAGAUUAUGCUUUUCAGUGUGACAGUGCAGCAAGUGUCUUCUGCCAUAGUGGUCACAAGAAGAAUCAACAUAGCUAUAGCCCAAUAUAGGAUUGCCAUGAUUCCUGGACUUGCAUGGGAAAUAAGGGUGGAUGAGGUUAAAGCUAUUCUCCCAGUAACACUUGAACAAGGUCUGAUAAAGGUAUAUCAGAGUGGUGCCUUUAUUAUCUUGGAAACAUCUUUUGGGCUGAAGGUGACCUAUGAUACUAUAUCCACGGCCACAGUCGAAAUCCCAUCCACUUACAAAAACGCUGUCCAGGGUUUGUGCGGUAAUUAUAAUGGUAACAAAGCAGAUGACUUCCUAAUUCCAGGCGGGAAUCAGGCUUCUUCUGCUGAGAAAUUUAUGGAAGCUUGGAUGGUGAUUCAGGAAGGAACGACCUGUCAUACAGGGUGUCCAACAAUAUCCACAUGUUCUGGAGACCCAACAGACAGAGACAAUAACUGUAAAAUCCUAACAUUGGAGCAAGGUCCAUUUGCUAACUGUUAUUCCAAAAUUCCACCUUCACCAUUCUAUGAUGCUUGUGUAAAAGAUGUUACACCACAACCAGAGGAUAAGACACUUGUUUGCCACCACAUUCAAAACUAUGUGGUUAAUUGCCAGAAAGCUGGUAUCUCUGUGAGCAGUUGGAGAAAUGCAACCUUUUGUCCAAUGACCUGUCCUGAAAAAAGUCAUUAUGAGCUAUGUGCAGACACCUGCACAUCAACCUGUGCCAGCCUCACCAUUCCACUCAGUUGCCCAGAGUGUCUUGAAGGCUGCCAAUGCGAUGAAGGUUUUGUCUUUGAUGGAGGCGACUGUCAGCUGGUAGAAGAUUGUGGUUGUUCGGUGGAAGGAAGAUAUUACAAGUCUGGGGAAUCAGUAGUCAAAGGAGACUGUAUGGAGACAUGCACUUGUAAGGCUGGACAGUUCUCAUGUCAGCCCAUGAACUGUGGGGAAAAUAAAAUCUGUAACAAACAGGAUGGUAUUCCAAAAUGCAUGCCUGAUUACUGCAGAACCAAAAAAUGUCGUGAGAAAGAACAGUGUGUGGUGAAGGACAAUGCAGGAAUCUGUGUUGCCACCUCUAAGGCCACAUGUCGAGUCAUCGGAGACCCUAACUAUGAAACUUUUGAUGGAAGCAAGUUUUCUUUCCAGGGUACCUGUUCUUACAUUAUGGUUAAUACAUCAGGUGAAGACAAAAGCCUCACAGAAUUUACCAUCAUAAACAAGAACGAACUCGCCCACAGUGGACUUGGAGCUUAUAUAAAGACAGUCAUCAUAAAAUUCAGAGGCCACGAGAUCAUCAUUGCUCAAAAUGCACGCGACAAAGUGAUAAUGGAUGGUAAAGAAUCCAUCCUGCCUGUGAGUCUGGAUUCUGACCGCAUCAAUAUAACUCAAUCAGGAAUUAGGGGAAACCUGAAGACAGACUUUGGGUUGGAGGUCACUUUUGACUGGGGCGAGAUCUUCAUAGUCACAGUGUCCAGUAGCUACUAUAAAAACUUAGUGGGCAUGUGCGGAACCUAUAACGACGACCGCGCGGAUGACUUUGUUACACCAAGAGGCAUUGCUGCUGCAGACAACACAGAGUGGGGGAAGUCAUGGAGUGUUCCUGAUAAUAACCCCAACUGUUGGCACUUCCCCCCAUGCUCUGAAGAGGAGAUGCGAAAGUAUCGUGGCCCGAAUUCCUGCGGCUUGCUAGAAGACAAAACUGGGCCGUUCGGUAACUGCAACAAUACAGUUCAUGUGGGGCAGUUUACAUACCGCUGCCUCUUUUACACCUGUCUCUCUCAUGGAAACCAUAAUGCCUACUGCAAUGUCAUGAGCUCUUAUGCAAAUGCCUGCAAGUGGGAAAACACUGAUGUAUUACCCCAGUGGAGGCAGAUUACCAACUGCACUUAAACAGAUAUUCCCUGGAGUGUUCCAGCAUUUUAACUAUUAUGAAAAACAGUAAUAUGUGGUAUAAAAAUAUGAAUUUUGAUUAGAUUUACAUUUAGCAGAUGGCCUUAUCCUUAUACUUUUCAAUUUCAUUAUACAUCUGAGCAGCUGAGGAUUAAGUGGCAGCUUCGUGGUGGUGGGGUUUGACAUUUCAAUCAGUAGUCUCUGUAUGCCAUUGUACCAUUGUAAUGUGUAACUGUGAUCUUAAAACAAUCAGUUUGUUUUUCUUCUAUUUUGAAUCAAUGUCACACAGAUAUAACUACUCAGCAAUUGUUUCAGCUUAUCUGAUUACUUAAUUUAUCAAUCUAAUACAUUUUUCAAAAAUCAACCAUUUAAAAUCAAAUAAAAAUUAUGUUAUUGAUUGCAAUAUUUCAAUAAAUACAGUAGAGAUUACUGUAACAAUUUAA